AUGCAGCCAUUGGAGGGGCCCCUGGCCAGAAUGGACAGCGAUGCAGAUGUGAAGCUGAUCAUUGCGAUGGAUAAGGGCGGCUGCGAAGCAAAUGUGGUGCUACGGCGGGAUGCGCAGCAGGAGGACAUCCUGAAGGCAUACGUGCAGGGAUACAUGCUCCUACAUUCCAACGCACCGAUGGGCCAGCAGCCGCAGCGGCUGCCUCCCGGCACUGCAAAGCUGCCUGCCCAGAGCCUUAGCCCGGACAAUCCGAGAUUUCCCCAAAAAGUCAGGGACAUCCUUCACAAGGCUCAGAGCGCAUGGCUUAAGAACACGGAGGUUUGCGAUCUACUCCUGCAUUACGCGGAGUACAACCUUCCAGUGGCACGCGAUCCCCCAAAUCUGCCACCAGGGGGCUCGCUAUUCCUGUUUGAUCGCCGAGCUGUGCGCUUCUUCCGCAAGGAUGGGCACAACUGGCGCAAGAAGGCGGACGGCAAGACUGUCAGGGAGACGCAUGAGAAGCUCAAGGUCGGAAAUGUGGAGAUGCUGAACUGCUACUAUGCUCAUGCAGACACUGAGGAAGGCGCGCAGCAAGCCACGCGCUUGCAGCGGCGGUGCUACUGGCUGCUGGAGUCUGAGGACGACAUCGUGCUGGUGCACUACCUGAACAUCGACAAGGCCAAGGGCAAGACUGAGGACUCGUGGGCCCCGUCUGACCCAGAGAUGGGCCGCCGGCCGGGCUUCACCGUCACAUCCGGCGGCGUGCAUGGCAUGCCGGGGCUGGGCAUUCAGGGGCUGGCUGGGCACCCGGCGCACCAGCUGCUGCAACAGCACCACCACCAGCAGCACCCGGUGGACCCCUACAUCCCCCUCAUGCCCUCCCUGUCCCUGGACUCCUUCUUUGGUGCCUACGACGAUCGCGAUGCCGCCCAGAGGGCGCAGGCGCCGCCCCCCAUGAUGGAGAACGUGCUGCCGGCCUGGGAGGACCUCAGCAACGGCCCCUCCAACUCCUUGCAAGCAGCUGCCGACUGGCGGUCGAUGCUGCGGGGCGAUUCGCUGAGCAUGGGGCUGAGCGAGGGGCCGACGGCCGCGCUGGUGGAACAUGGCGCCAACAUGAUGAUGAUUGAGCAGGGCGCUCAGCAACCAGAGACCUGGGCCCAGGACAUCCCCGUCGCCAUGCGCACACCCUCGCUAGAAGCCCGCCAGGCGCGGGCAGCGGCGGUGAUGCGGCAGAACGCGGAGCUUCAACAGCGGCAGUCCUCCCUGGAGCGCAGGGCCGCCUACCAGAAGUCGCUGCUCGCCGCCAACCGCGACCAAAUGCAGGCGCGGCCCCAGUCCCCACUCCUUUUUCGUCAGCAUCAGGCGGCAGCUGCCGCAAUGCUUCAGCAGGCGCAGCAGGGAGGCCAGGCCAAUGGCAUGCCCUACAAUCUCAACGCCUUCCAACAGAGGCUCUUGGCGGCUGCGCGGCAGGGCCCGCCCGGCGCCGGUGGCGGCCCCAUGCAUGGUCAGAUGCCAGGCAUAGGCUUCCGGCCGCAGGAGCCGCAGGCCGCCGCGCAGGCGGCCGCGCUUGCCGGGCUGGCCGGGCAGAUGCAGCCCCCGCACUACAACCAACAGAUGCCUCCGCCGCCACCGCCGCAGAGGCCCUUCAUGGCAGCCAACACAUCGGGCGCGUCUGCUGCGCCGGGAGUUGGGAUGCCUCAGGCGCGGCUGCCACCGCUGCAGCAGGGCGCGUACCAGGGCGGCCCCGCCGCGGGGCCGGUGCCAGCAGACUGGGCGCGCGCCUACCGAGAGCAGCAGCACAAGGCCGCUCAGGCUGCAAUUGCGCGCAGUGCCAAGUGGGGCACGACGGAUCCGCCGCUGCGGCCGGUGCCUCUGCGGCAGGGCUCUGCCCCCGGGCCCCUGGACAUCAGCCCGAGCGGCUCUGCAGGCCCCUCGCCCGGCAAGCCUCCGCUGGCCGCCACAGAGGGCUUCCCCAAGAUGAGCAAGCUGGACGCCCUGCUCAUGCAGCAGCAGCAACAGCAGCAGCAGCACAGCGGCUCAUCCAGCGGUGAAGGGAAGCAGACGAUGUCGUCCCCAGGAGCUCUCGGCGCCCAUGCCAGCGCCAGCGGCGACCAGAUCCUGCACCAUGCCAGCUCAGCCGGCCAGCUCGGCGCCAUCGGGACACAGGUGAAGAUGGAUGAGACAGCGAGCGAGGGGACCGUGACGGGAACGCCCCUGGGCCGCGCGGAGAGGCCGGCGUCCAAGGUGGCAAAGGCGCUGGCGCUGGAGGCGCAGCUGCGCAGCGUGGACGGCGCAGUCAUGGAGCAGCUGCAGACCGCGCGCGCCGAGUCCGGCUGCUCUGCCUCCCUCGACAGCAAGGUACAGAAAUUGGAGGAGGAUUUGGAUCACCUGGAAGCCAGCUCUCGUCAGCUGCUGCAGGACAGCGUGCAGGGGCCGGGAAUGGAAGCGGCAGGCGUUGCUAUGCAGGAACCUGCCACAUCAGGCACGCACACUUCAUCGCUUAGCCAUGCCCCCAGCGCCAGCCUGGAGCUGCUGGACUUCUCACCCGAGUGGGACUUCACUCUGGGCGGCACAAAGGUCAUCGUCACCUGCCGAGAGGUGGACGGCGACAUCACAUCAAACUGCCCCGUCUGCGUCAUGUUUGACAAGGAGCAGGUGCCGGCGGCGCGGCUGCAGGCGGGAGUGUACCGCUGCCACGCGCCACCGCACGAGGCCGGCACGGUCGGCCUGUGCGUCACCUACGGGGACGGCCGCCCGCGCAGCAACGUGCAGCCCUUCACCUACCGCGGCACACCCCUCACUGCCCGCGCCCAGGAUGACCUGGCACGGGCGGCGAUCCCGGACAGGGACCUGCAGCUUCGGCUGAUCCACAUGCUGAUGAGCAGCAGCAAGGGCGCCACCUCCAGCAGCACGGUGUCCCCAGCCUCGCCCUCCAACUCCUCCGACUCCAACACCCACAAGCAGCACGCCAGCCCGUCCCGCACAGCCGCCCCCACGGCAGGCUCUGCCACCGUAGAAGUGGCACUGGAGGACAAUCCUAAUGCGCUGCAAUAUCUGUCGGAUGAUCUGCGGGAGAAGCUGCUGCAGACGCUGCUGGAGCGCCGCCUAAAGCAGUUCACCUCAGACGUGAGGGAGGGCAAGGCACAGCAGGGCUCCGGGUGGUCGCCCAGUUUCGCGGUGAACCGGCGGGCGCAGUCGGGGCUGGCUCUCGUCCACAUCCUGGCAGCGCUCGGCUACGACUGGGGCCUGCAGCUGCUGAUUCCCCUGGGCGCGCUGCUUGACCUGCAGGACGCGUGGGGCCGCACAGCGCUGCACUGGGCUGCGACAUACGCGUGCGAGGCCACAGUGGUACUCCUGUUGGUGCGUUGCGCGCACCCGGCCCCUCUGUCGCACGGCGGAGAGGCGCAGCCGCGCGCGACGCCCGCCGACAUGGCUGCCGGCAACGGCCACGCCGGUAUCGCGGCGUUCCUGUCUGAGCAGGCCCUGCUGCGCCUCGCCAAGGACAACAACGUGUCCCUGGACGAACCUGCCGACUCUCGCACGGGAGACCAGAGCAUGUCUGCGCUGCGCAAGAGGGCGCGCAGCCUGCGGCGGGCCGACUCCGCCUCGGAGCUGCCGCUGCUGCGGGAAGCCAUGGCCGCGCCCGAUGGGGCCUCCAAAUUCCCAGAGGAAGAAGGCGACGAGGGAACGAGCCCCAAGGAGGUGCUUGCGCGCGUCAAGAAGCUGGCCGAGCGCGUGCGGCAGGCGCUCACCCGCGCAGCCUGUCGCCGGGCAGCCAUGGAGCAGCAGAGCCUCCGCCGCCAUAAGAAGGAGGGGGACGCAGUGGCGCGCAUAGAGAGCAGUCUGCAGGCGUGGCAGGCGGUGCAGCAGGCGGUGCAACGCGGCAUUGCGCAGAGCGACUCGGACGCGGCCGCCCGCCGCCUCGUGCGCCUCGGCGAGCGCAUCUCCUGCAUCAACGCCUGCCUCAGGGACGCCAUCAAACGCAGCUUGGGCUGCGGCGGAGCCUCUUCGGCGUUGGCGCCUGUUGACGAGGCUGCGGCGCUGCCGAUCACUGGAAAUUCCAUGGUGUUGGAUUACGGGUCAGACUCGGACGCGCAUGCGAUGGCGGGCGACUCGCUCCUCCGACGGCGUUCCCUGAUCCGCCUCCGCGAGUCGCGCCGCCGCGACAGCAUCACCAAAAUCAAGGGGUUUGAGAGCGACACAAGCAUCCGGCAGUUUCUAGCGCGCGGGCGUGAGGGCAGCAAGGCGGACGAGGGCGGCCCCAGCCAGCUGGACAUCCGUGACCUGCGUUCCCUCUCCCUCUCAUUCCCCUCCUUCUCCGUGGUGGGGCCCCCCAUCGGCGUCUCCCUGCCGGACUGCGACCUCCGCGAGCUGCGCAACUUCAUCGCCGGUGCCUCUGCCAAGGUCCAUCGGUCGGCGUUCGGCACCUUGGCAUCUGCGAGCAAUGCGAAAGCUGCCGCUGCGCCCGCGCGCGCUGGGGCGGCGCCAGAAGCCUCCGCUGAGAUGGCCCUCGUACAGAAAGCUGUGGCGCACAUAGAGGCUCUGCAAGAGGAGGGGCCAGGGCAUGCUCAGUACUUGCGCCUCUGCCAGGCAUACACCCAACUGACCACCACUCAGCCCUGGGGCACCUUCAAGCAGGCCCGCCGUGGCAGCCUCAGCAACGCCGUCUGA